ACAAAUAGACGAACGUUUAUAGACAUCCUGUCGUCUUGUUGUAUAAUAACUAGUGAUCCUUAAGGUCAAUUUAGCUGAUGUAUAUAUUUUUUAUGGACGAAAAUUUGCAUACAGAUAGAUGCAGCACUGCUAAACAUAGACAUAGGUAAAUAUGAUCAUUCUGCUAUUACGCUGCUUUCAACCCGAAUAAAGUCAGCUCGUUGACGUUGCUCACUGCUGUUUUCAGCGUUGCGUAUUUAAAUAUGUCAGAAUUUACAUAGCAUGUCAAGUAAAUAAAUAUUGGUUGAAUAACUUCAAACUUAAUCCCUAAUUUGAUAGUCUUUGAUGCCUUUAAGAGGCACUUAGAAAUUCUAGGAACUUGGGUAUACGUGGUGAUUUCGGUUCACAUCUCGGCGUGGACUCACUUCAUUUCCUGCUCCUAGUCAGACGUCUAAAGCCAUGUUUAGCAUCAGAGCCCGACAGAAAAUCUGCGACAUCUAUUCAGUUAGUGGAGGACUAAAUAAGUGAAUAAGUGUUCUUAAUCAUUAAGAUCAUUCCGAAACGGUAGCGAGCGAUAGGAACUGAUCCUGUUCUUGAUUUCGUUUUGCUAUUCAGCGACAGUAAACAAUUUGCGUCACCUGUCAAACAUCCAGGACCAGAUCUUAGUGGGUGACCCCUGAUUUCAUCUACUUUACCUCAAUUGGAAGCUAUGAAAGCAAACCAAAUUGGCUUUGCUUGAUUGCUACAGGCAAAACGAAUGUACAUAUUUAUGAUAUUAUUACUUCUAGUACUAGAUACGUUUCGUCUAAGCUAGGCAUAACCUAGAAGAAGACCUGAGGACCUAUAUGAAUAGAGAGGGUCGCGGGUUGAAUGCGCAUGGAGGCCCUGCCCACGUCGGCUGUAGCGUUGAUCACAGCACACCCAGAUUAUGACCCCGUUGUUCGUACUAUUAGUCCGUGGACAGAUGCUAUUGCUGCUGGAAUAGGGCAGUUUUUAAGGAAAGAGAAUAAAUUAGACUAGUAAACGAUCGUGGUCAGACUGUUCUAAACAAUGUUGGUCUACUAGCGUCCGAACGCAGAGUAAAGUCACAAUAUAUCAUUUGUUUAAACGCAAUAUUAUAUAUAAUGAUAGGCGGUUAUUAUAAACGCAACUUAUUAUACUGCUACCUUGCUGUUUUUUUCUCGUAUCUAUGUUGUUCGUCUCCGCUGUCUCUAAUGAAACGGUCCAAGAACAGAAAUCUAACCUCUGAACGUUGAUUUUUCAAGAUUAAACUAUUUUUUCUGCUUUUAUUUUUUUUUUUUAUUUCGAAUAGUGACCAGUCAAACUUUGUCUGUUAGCGGCGCGUAGCUCAAAAUGUGGUCCAUUUCGAGGUCCACUGAGCCCGCUUGUAAUAGCCAAAUUACACCAAAUGGUAGUACGAAACAAACGAAAUUAUAUGACGCGCUGUUGCCCACCACUGUGAGACUGAUUGACAGGGAGCGUUCGGGCCUGAAAUCCGAAGUUAACAAUCUGACCCAACUGCUCGAUUAUCACACUAAACAUCAGGCGCAACUGGAACAACAGAUGAAGGCCGUUACUCAGCAGUGCAACGAGAUGCAGCUUCGAUUAGAUGAAGCCAACCGCACAGUUAACGACCUCAAUAAUUCGCGCCAGAAGUUAGAAAGGACCAAAGUUGAACUUGAAGAAAAACUUGAUAGAGCGGAACGCUUGAUCAGUGGUUUGACUAAGGCCAAGAGUGCGCUGGCCACACAGGCAGAAGACGCAACACGCAGGGCGGAUCACGAGAACAGAGAACGAGUGGCCGCCGAAGGUCGCCAGCGUGCGGCCGAGCAUUCGGUUAAUACAAUUCAGACAUCGCUUCAAGAAGAGGAAGCUGCCAAGGUUAAUUUGCAGCAUCAUCUAGCCAAGAUCACUGACGAAGCCGAAGCAUGGCGAACUAAGUACAACGAAUUGAUUAUAAAUACUAUCCCACCGCUUGAAGAGGAGAACAAAAAACUCGUCAUACAACUCCACGAGAGUCGUGGGAUGUGCGCAACUCACGAGACCAAGAUUUUAGCUCUGGAAAAAAAUAAAGCUCUGUUAGCUCAAGAACUCCGCGACAGUCAAGCGAAGUGUGAUUACCUACGAAAUGAGGUAAUUACAUUGGAGAAGAAACAAAAGGCAUUCGACAAGACUAUUGCGGAAUGGAAAGUUAAGGCUGACGACCUCGCCCACGAACUUGAUGCCUCGCAAAAGGAAUGUCGGAACUACUCUACAGAACUGUUCAAGACAAAGGCCACAUACGAUGAGGCACUUGAGCAUAUCGAACUGCUAAAGCGUGAGAACAAGAGCCUUCAGGACGAACUCAAAAAUGUACUAGAUCAGCUGGCAGAGGAAGGCAGCACGAUCCAGAAUCUGUUGGCUCAACGAAAAAAACUUGAAAAUGAACGGGACGAUGCGCUUGUGGCUUGCGAGGAAGCCGAUGCUACUAUCGAGCGACAGGAAAAUAAGCUUUUCCGUGCUGAGGUUGAGAAAGAGCAAAUUCGUCAGGAUUGCGCUACUAGACUGCAAGAGAAAGAGCAAGAAUUCAAUGAAGCUCGUAAGAACUUCCAGAAGGCGCUAGACCAGUUGCAAACGGCGCUGGAGAGUGAAGCCCGUGCUAAGGUGGACGCGCUCCACAAGAAGAAGGUUCUUGAGGCCGAUUUUAAUAAAAUGGAAAUCGAGCUUGAGAACGUAAAUAAAUCCAUAACUGAAGCACAAGCGACGAUUCGUCGAUAUCAGAAUAUGGUUCAUGAGGCCCAAAAGGCGUUGGAACUGGAGCAGAUGGCACAUGAUGAAAUGCGUAAGGCCUGUACAGCAGCCGAGCGCCGCUAUAACGAAACGAAGUGUAUACUCGAAGAAACGAGAGAGCUAUUCGAACAAUCUGAGCGCGGCAGAAAGUCCGCUGAGGCUGAAGUGGAUGAAUUGCGUACGCAAGGCAACGAGACGGCCGCGGCGAUAGCCACGUUAUCGUUGCAAAAGAGGAAACUUGAGGGUGAACUGGUUGCGCUGCAUAGCGAUCUGGACGAGACAAUCGUCAACGUGCGACAACAGGAAGAAACUGCCAAGAAGGCGAUGGUGGAUUGUGCACGUCUAGCGGACGAAUUGACACAAGAGCAGCAUCAUUCGGCAGACCUGGAGAAAGUACUCAAAAAUUAUGAGCAUCAAGUUCGUGAGUUGCAGGAGCAACUGGAUCUGGCCCAGGCUGCGGCGUUGGCCGCCGGACGUAAGCAGAUCGCGGCGUUAGAGGCCAAAUUUCACCAAGCUACUGUUGAGCUGGAGACCGAAAAGCGACAGCAUGCAGAUACUGCCAAAAAUUACCGAAAAGACGAGCGGCGUAUUAAGGAGCUCAUGUUCCAGAUCGAGGAGGACCAGAAGAACCACCAGCGGCUGCAGGACGUAGUAGACCGAAUGCAACAUAAAGCGCGCGAAUAUCAGCGUCAGAUCGAAGAGGCUGAGGAGAUCGCUUCGCUCAGCAUGAGCAAGUAUCGAAAAUGCCAAGAGGAACUCGAGGAUGCCGAGGCACGUGCUAGCACUGCCGAGAAUAACCUAGCGAAAUUCAGGGCUCGCCAAACACAACCGGGAACAAUGCUCGAACGUUGAAUUUUGACCCCCAAAAUACACUCUGAAGCUUCGACGUCAACACCACGGAUCGUCGUCUGACGGCAAUUAAGUAACCGAUUGCUUACGCUUUAAAAGAUCCCACCGGCGUACUUUCUUUUUGCAUUUGUCGUGAGGUGCCUAACACUUGACCGUCGUGCAAUCAGAUGAUACACCCGGGUCUUUAUAUAACGCACACCGCUGACUGCUGACUAUCACAACCUCUUAACUAGAAUGUUCAACUUUGGCGUAUUCAUAGAAACCAAUCGACGUCUCAUGACGGCAAAAUACAUAGCAAGCUAAUAUAUAAAACUCAGCGGCAAGAGCAACGAUCAAUGGAUAACAUUGUUGGUAGAUAAUAGUGUUAACUCGUGAUCUCUGGGGUUGGUUAAAGGAAGAUUGAUAGAUAAAGUAAGUUCAUGCCUCUGCUUUGGCAUGAGCAAAUUGUGCGUGUUACCAACAGCAGAUUUAAUUGCUGGGACUGAGAAAGUUAUGAAGCACAAACUGAUACGAUGGAAGCAACACCCCCGUGGAUAUCGGUUAUAUUGGUCGCUGGCGCAUUGUGAUCGAUAUCGGAAAAUAAAGAUAUCAUUACAUGGUCUUGCACACUGUAUGUGUAUUUUUGAACCCUAUGAAAAAGGAAUCAUCAAUAUUUUAAAUUAAAUCAAGUUACAUUAGGUAAAAGCAACAUUUAUCCAAUUGGUUAAUCUAAGCAAAAUUUACCAUAUCAGGAACAAUAAGUUACGAAACCAAAGCACCAACACUGCUUUGGUUUCGUAACUUAUUGUUCCUGUCUAGGUUUUCAGGAAUUAUUUUUCAAUAAUCUUGAAUACGCAAUAACGCCACUUAAAUCAGCGACUGUAAAAAUUGAAGAAGCAUAGCCUCUACACCCAAAGCUUCGACCCUUAUUCAAUCAAAUGUAGCAGUGCACAGCAUCAGUUUCAAACAGCCUUUUUUUUACUACCUAGGACCAACGACUCUUCUUCACAUUUCGAUAAAUGAGUAGGAAAACGUUUGAUAACUAAUUUAUAGAGUCUAGUCCAGUCUCUGCAUAAAAUGAUCGUUUGUGGAACAGUCAUGGCUCGCAACGAAAGUAAAUUUUGGGUAUAUAUUUAGCUAAAGCACAAUAGAAGUUGGCGCUCGAAUUUUUUUAUUCCCUGGUGUGUAUUGUCAUUUCAUUAUUAUUGAUAUUAUUUACAUUGGAAGUUUACAUACUAGAAGGUUAUAUGCCUUCGUAUAUUGUCUGUUUUCGGAUGUCUAAUCUAACAUUUAUUAUUAUUAUCAUCGUUUAGCUCUAAUUUUUUUUAAUGUAAUAACAGUAGUAAUGCUUAGUGUUGCGCUUUAAUUUCUGCUACAUUGUCACACCUCGUUCUGUUUUGCUGCUUUUCUGCUUCAAUGAUUUGCCAUUUAUAAAGGAAACGCUAUCAAAAUGUACACUCAAUCUGUAAAAAAAAA